AUGGCCCCCGUACUAAGCGGUCUAUCACCCUAUGAAGAGGAAACCAUCCUCAAAUGCCUUCCCACAAACAUAAGAGUGGACAUGAUGACGUCAUCCGCAGCAGUCAAAGAUGGCGAAAACUUCAUGAGCGUCGUGACCAGGGUUAACGUCAUCGGUCAUGACCUUGACAGUGGUGAUAAGACGACCUUCAGUCUGAUAAUGAAGACACUGCCACAGUCCGUGGAAAGAAGAGAGUUAUUCUUCUGCGACGCUGCGUUCCUGAACGAAACAGAAUUCUACAGCGAAGUGGCUCCACGAUUGGGCGGCGACCAGAAGAUUCCUCUUCCACAAUGUCUGUUGGCUGCUGAUGACGUCAUAGUUCUUAGGGAUCUGCGCCAGGAUGGCUUCACAACAGCUGAUCGAAGAGCCGGUCUGGACCUGGACCAUUGCCUGCUGGUCAUGAAGGAACUGGGCAAGUUCCACGCAAUGUCUUUCAACAUGAAGAAAAACGACCCUUCUCAAUUCGCUCAACUGCGCACCAGAGCUACGGAAGUGCUUAUUCAUGAAGACAACCUGAUCCUGCCUGCCUGCAUUGAUAACUGCAUCAGCAUGGCGCUCAAGGUCACAGACAACCAUGACCUUCCCGUGGUCAACGUCCUCAAAUCCCUCCUCGGCAGCGGCGUCGGCGCACUCACACCCCACCUGGUCCCUCAGGAGCCAAUGGCUGUGCUCUGUCAUGGAGAUCUUUGGAGCAACAACCUCCUCUUCCGCUACCUCGAGGGGUUCUCUUGUCCUGUGGACGUCUGCUUCCUGGACCUGCAGGGCUGGAGGUACGCAUCCCCGGCUCUCGACAUCCUCUACUUCCUGUUCACCAGUGGCGCCCCUUCGUGCCACUUCCGGCGCCUCAUUUCCGCCUAUCACCGCUGCCUAGGACACGUGACUCUGGAAGACAUCAUGAUUGAGGUGAGGAAGCAUGUUGUGUUUGGUUUGAUCAUGUCUCUCAUGGUCCUUCCGGUCAUCACAGCUGGCGACGGUAUGGCAGUCAAUCUUGAUGACGUCAACCAGGACAACAUCCUUGAGUUCCAAGAUAAACUUGAGGAAGGUUUUCUGAAUGCUAGCUAUAGGAAGAGGGUCAACGAAAUCUUUGCUUUGGUGACUGCGGAGAAACUUAUUUAA